AUGAUUGUUUCUGAGUCUGGCCCCAUGUUUAUCAAAUCUAUAGAUUGUUCUGGUGAAGUGAAAGAUAAGCAAUUUAUUGCUAAUUUGCUAAAAGAAGUAAUUGAUGAAGUGGGUCACCAAAAAGUGGUACAAGUCAUUGCUGAUAAUGCUUCAAAUUGUAAAGGUGCUGGAGAAAUCAUUGAGGGAAUGUUUCCACAUAUUUAUUGGACUCCUUGUGUUGUGUACACUCUUAAUCUUGCUUUGAAGAAUAUAUGUGCAGCAAAAAGUUUGGAAACUAAUCAAGAAACUUAUGAUGUGUGUCACUGGAUCACUGAAAUCCAUGGGGAUGCUUUGCAAAUCAAGAAUUUUAUAAUGAAUCAUUUCAUGAAGCUUGCAAUUUAUAAUCGGUUUAGCCCUUUGAAAUUGCUUUCAGUUGCUGACACUCGUUUUGCUUCUAUUGUUGUGAUGCUUAAAAGAUUUAAACUUAUUAGGCGUGCUUUAGAAGCAAUGGUUAUGAGUGAUCAAUGGGCACAAUACCGAGAAGAUGACCUAGGCAAAGCUAGAUUUGUUCGUGAUAAAGUGAUAGAUGAGGAUUGGUGGGAAAAGGUUGAUUACAUCUUUGCUUUUACUGAGCCCAUUUAUGACAUGAUCAGAGUUUGUGACACAGACAAACCAUGCCUUCAUUUGGUUUAUGAGUUGUGGGAUUCUAUGAUUGAAAAGGUGAAGCAAGUUAUUUUUUAUCAUGAAGGAAAGCAAGCAGAUGGAUUUUAUAGUGAAAAAUGGCUUCAAAAGGGAGAAGGUAGAGUGCCUCCUCAUAUGGAUGGAGAAGUAUCAACUAAGAGAAUUAAAUGCUUUAGGAGGAUUUUUUCUAAUGAAGAUGAGCGAAUUAGAGCAAAUGAUGAAUUUGCAAAUUUUUCUUUGAAAAGUGGACCUUUUGCUGAUCCUGAUUCUAUUGGAAGUAUGUAUGUUACAGAUCCUAGGAAAUGGUGGGCAUGUUUUGGUUCUAAUGCACCUUUACUUCAAAGGUUGGCUUUUAAAGUGCUUGGACAACCUACUUCCUCCUCUUGUUGUGAAAGAAAUUGGAGUAUUUAUUCCUUCAUUCAUUCAUGCAGAAGGAAUAAAUUAACUCCAAAACGUGCAGAGGACUUGGUUUUUAUCCAUAAUAAUCUUCGUCUUCUGUCGAGAAAUUCCUCCCAAUAUUAUGAUGAAAAGACAAAAUUGUGGGAUGUUAGUAGUGAUCAAUUUGGGAGUAUGGAAGAUGUGGGAGUUCUUGAAUUUGCCAACCUUUCAUUGGAUGAACCAGAGUUAGAGUCUGUUUUGUUUGAUGAAAAUGCAACUACAAGCAUGGAGAAGGAGAAUGAGAAAGACAAUGAAGUUGAGGAAAUGUCAUAA